CUUGCCAGCGGACGCGAGCACAGUGGUGGUUGUCGUGAGUAGACGCGCGUGUAACCAAGAGAACGCCGUGCGCGCAGCGAAAAUGGCGUAGCAGCCGAGCGUGUUGCCCGUCGUCUACUAGUCUCGCGAGCGGCGAUUCCGUCAGAGCGUCAGCGCGCCGUUUUCUCGCGCGGACAGUCGGCCGAAGUGCGCCAUGUUCGAGUCGGGCCAACGUACACGGUGAGACUACGCCAGGUGUAUUUGUACAGUGUGUUGUACUCUGUGUGCUUGAGUGAGUCGCGCGCGUCGCGAGGUUGAUCCCCGCGUUUGACGUCGUUGUCGUCGUCGUUGUUAUCGUCGUCGUCGUUAUCGCACGCACGUCGACGACGCUCGCGAACAACCUGAACGUUGCGCCACAACGUGACACGCGACUUCACGCACGUACGUGCAUCCGCGACGUGGAUGAACCCCGCCGCCGGCCAGGAAUGGCCUUCGCAACCGCGAGGAUUCGGUGAUCCUGCCCGCUCGCGUGACAGCUUGACGACCUCCAGCACGGCCGAGAUGAAGAUGGCGCCACCAGCGUUUUGACACUUGCCGAAGGACCCGUCAGCUGGACUUCAUCGCCGCCCGCAGGCGUCCCGUCUAUUAUGAGCAGAGAAUUCUACGUACCCUGCACACCUUACACCUAUCAGCAGUGCGGCAGCAACAGCGGCGACGGCGGCGGCGGCUCGACGGAGGGCGUCGUGGUGAGCGUCGGUGCCGGUAACGGUGGUAGCGGUGGUGUCGGUGGCAUGGACUGCAUGCCCCUGCGUCCUGGUCCGUUUCAUUACCUGAUCAGUGAGCAAGCCAAGUCUCUGGUGGCCCUGCAGGAGCUGCAGAAUGAGGUCGGUGCCUUGCUCGAGUUCCGGGACCUCGUCAUCGAGACGUUCCCAAACCUCCGGCACAAGAUGGCCGCGACGGCGUCCGCGGGUGCGUCCGUGAUGUCGUCUACCUGCACGCAGAGCUCGCACAUCCCGCUGCCGUUGUCGAGCCCAUCCUCACGCAGGAUCGCCGAAUGGGAACCCGGCAAGCUGAGACGGCGUGUGCCGCGCGAAAACAGCGGUGGUGGCGGCGGCGGCGGCAACAGCGGCGGUAGCGGCAGUGGCGGCGGUGGCGGCGGCGAAUCCUCGUCCUCAUCGUUACCCAGAAGUCGCAGUAACUCUCAUAGCGGCGGUACCAAGAACAACUGCAGCGCGACGGUGCAGGAUUCCGGCUUUAGUACGGAAGCCUCGUCGAAGGAUAGCGCGUCGACGGCGAUCGCGCCGAGAGCUAGCAGUCCUCGACCGAAUGCAUUGGAUGAAGCCGAGGAUGAGCUGUGGAACCUAUUGGACGUGAUUCACCGCAAAGGGAUCCGACUGCGAGAGGAGGUCGAAUGCCUUCAAGGUCGCCUGGAGAGCGUGGCGACAGAGGAGUUGGCAUCGACGGAUGUACUCGAGGCAGUGAGGAAGGUCACCGGUGCCGACGACGAUGCCGAUAGGAGAACAAUCGCAAGUGAUAAUGUCGACCAGCAACAGGACAGUAGGGAUCCGCAGGUGAUAGCACUCAGGCGAGAGAAGGAACAGCUGUUGGACAAGGUUGCCGAGCUCGAGGCGGAAACGAUAUCGAGUCGUGCGCGCACCCAAGAACUGCAGACAGAAUUGGCCGCAUUGUCGGCCUUGAAGACCGGCUUGGAGGAUCGACUGCAGGCUGGUCUGACCGAAAACGCCUCAGAGAUUCUGACACCGGGCGUUCAGAGACUUCAGCCUAUCGCGCCGGUAGUCACGUCGCCGAAGAACGCCAGUGUUAGCAGUAUCAAAAGUAAAGGUUCGGCUUUCGCAUCGGUCACGAGCAGUCCUAAUAGUAAAGCUCAUAAGAGUCGCUUUCGCACGAGGACUAUCGAGAAGAAUGUGCUGCUGGACGUGGUCGGGCGCAAUGACGAGACGCGUGUCGACAUCGACGUCGAGGCUAGCGUGAACGAGAGGAGAGCGAGACUAGGAGCGCUUGAUUCAAUUUUAGUUUCACCCACCAGGGUAGCUCACGUGAAAGACGUGGACUCGAGAAAGAUCGCGGCCAUUCUUCGCGAGAACUCACCUCUCGAGCUCCAACGGCAUCUAAUCACUACUACCGUCCAUAAUCAGGUCCUACAAAAAAGACUAGACGAAGUUGAGAAAAGUACAGAGACUCUCUCCGAACGGCUAGACAAAGCGCGCGAGGAGAAUGACGAUCUACGAUUCCAAUUGGAAGAGAGAAAUAUUGAGUUAGAGGGCACCCGGGCGCGAGUACGCGUGCUAGAACGUCUCCAGCAACGACCGCCAACGGAGCACGAACCUGAGGCAGAAUCGGAACAACCCAGGUGCGAACAGAGCGGCCUUGAACCCGGCAGCAGUACGGAGUCUGCGCGAGACCAUCACCAGCCGGUCGAGAUCAAACCGUCGCCACGCCGGCGUCCUAGCCGUAUACCUUUACCCGGCAGCACGAGCAGCAAGACAACGUCACCGUUGACGGCCACGGCAAGUGGGACAGUAGCCACGACGCCGCCUCGACCGCCUGGUCAUGGCAGGAACGACAGUAGGGAGUCGCUCAAGUCGUUAACGAGACCGCCGCGUGAUUCUAGUCGCGACAGCCAUGGCGGCGGCAAGUCGCUGUCGAAACCGCGCGAUUCCAGUCGGGACUCGCUUGGCAGCAGAAGUUUAUCCAGGAGUAGCGGCAACGGGAGCAGCAACAUUGGCGGCGGCGGUAGCGGCGGCGGCAACAAUAGCACCAGCAAUAACAAGGAGACAAAUCGGGAGUCGUCCCUGAACCGGUCCUUGCCGCGUAACAAUUCCAGCCGAGACUCCUUAAAUAAAUCCUCCUCGCUAUCCCGCGCCCGUGACUCGCUGGAGUCUAACAACCUUGGGACGUCCUCGCCCACGGGGACGGCCCCCCCUCGACGACCGCCCGCUCCCGCACGCCGUUCCCACAGCCUGGCGCGCGCGGCGACGUCCGUUGAUAGCGAACACGGCAAGGUACGACCUGUAAAGCAAUUCUUUUGGAGCAGCUGGCUGAAGUCACCGUUGUCCAAUGGCCCGAUAUACUGCAUCGAAGCACCAAGCUCCUGGUACUCGAACAAGACCAACAGUCUGCGGCACAGCGACUCGUCCCUUUAUCCAGAUUCGUUGAAUCAAGAGACGUCGUCCGUCACCGGUUCCACGCGGGUGGAAUUCAUGAUCGGCUCGCCUACCAGGCGCUUCCGCACGAGUGCCGCAUGGCCGCAUCGCUAUUUCGACAGCAUCGACUCGGCGGUCGCGGUGCCGGAGAGUCUGCUGACCGACGAGUUUCCUUCGCGACGCGGCGAGGCUCUGGCCGAAGAUUUCGCCGCAUUCAUGCAUCUACUGAAGUGCGCGAUCGGCACCGGCAUACUCUUCCUGCCGCACGCGUUCAGAAGAACCGGCUACGCAAUGUCCAUCGUCUGCGGCGUCAUAGUCAGUGCGACAUGCACUCACACGGCCGUUAUCGUUGUGCAGUGCUCCCAGAUGUUAUGUAGGCGCAACCGCGUGCCCAUGUUGGAUUUCGCCAAAACAGCGGAGUUCUCCUUCCAGGCGGGUCCGGAGAGGAUUCGAAAGUACGCCAGACCAUUCAGCGUGCUUACCAACGUGAUCAUUUGCUUCGUGCACUUUCAGGCCGCCGUGAUAUACAUAUUAUAUGUAGCCACGUCGUUCCAGCAGGUGAUCGAGUUUUUCUCGUCACUCGAAAUGGAUCCUCGCGUGUACAUCGUGAUUUUCUCCCCUCUGACUUGCGCCCUGGCCUUCGUACCGAACCUGAAGUACCUCGCGCCGUUCUCCAUCAUCGGCACUCUCUUCCUGUGUCUGGGCGUUUGCAUCGCGUUCUACUAUUUCCUCAGUGAGUUCCCCGAUCCCGAUAGACUAAACGCCUUGACGGAAGUGUUGCCCGUCCCCAUGUAUUGCGCCAUCUUCCUGUUCGCCCUGCACAAUAUGACUCUGUACUUACCGCUGGAAAAUACGAUGAAGCAUCCCGAGCAUAUUACGCGCUUGAUCGUCACCAGCACGUCGCUGAACACGAUCGUGUACCUACUUUUCGGCUUUCUCGGCUACAACAAAUACCCAAACGCCUGUGACACGGUCAUCAAGAACUUACCAAUGCAGGAGACCCUGGCCCAAACAGUCAAGAUAGCCAUUUCCCUGUCGGUGCUGUUUACUUUCGGCUUAGCGUACUACGUACCGAUCAGCGUGCUGUGGCCGAUGAUCCGCUCGAGAAUCGCCGCGAAAAGUUUGCGACAUCAUCGGAUUUACGAAAUCACACUGCGACUGGGCGGCGUGGUCGCGUGCACGCUCUUGGCCAUCGCCGUGCCCCAAAUGGUACCCUUGCUGGGCCUGUUCGCCGCCUUGGGUAUGUCCACGAUCAUGCUGCUGAUCCCCAUACUAAUCGAGACGGCGACUAAGUGGGCGGAAGCCACGAGGACAUUGCUCGCGAAGAACAUCGUUAUUUUUGUCGUAUGGCUGCUGAUCUUGAUUUUCGGGACGAUAGAGAGCACGUGGUCGAUCGUUAGGGAAUAUCGUGGAGCGAAGCAAGAGGAGUGUUGAUUGGCAGCCCGUCGAGCUACUCAAGUGGCUUUCAGAGAAAAAUUAUGAAGAUGCUGUUUCCUGUCUUUUACUAUUAUAUAACGGAUAACGCGAUGGAGAUACGACGCGGACCGAAUAUCAAGGAUGUAAAGAAUCGUGCAGUAAGCUAUGAGAGAUGAAUUCACCGUCGACAUGGAAGAACGUCCGUUGGUGGACGAGGGAUUCUACGAAGGAUUCGAAGCGAAAGGAUGAAGUGGAUUGAAAUACGUCGAUGAUGUGUUCGAUGAUGUGUAUCUCACCGCGUGAUUUCUUAUGCUCGCACGUACGUGAAUUGCCUCGCCACGCGAGGAUGCGUUGCAUUCCGAGUCGCGAGAUCGAUUUCUGGCAGUCGAAUAAAAGGGAAAGUUGAGAAUUGGCAUUUGUGCGUACUUCCCGGGCGAUUUUCUCGCGGCUUAAUGCCUGAAAUCAGACUGCGACCGUUGCACCGUUGGACCCUCAAUUUCCGUAAGGAUUGGAAUGUGACGCUUGCGACAUUUCGCGAGGGGGGCCCCUUCAAUUUCCCUCGGCCGGCGACUUACAUAAUCGCGGCACGACGCAGUUGCGCCGCUCGACGUGAAAACAAGAGCAGCAGCCCACAAUGAUCGAGGAGAACAUGCACCGCGGUGCAGCAACGGCACCCACAGAGGUGGGAGCCGUCGUGAGCCUUCGCAAGGGAACGAAGCGAGAGAGAUGGCGAGCGAGCGCGCCCCGCGAACGGAAGAAGACGAGAAUAAGGUGAAAGGGAUCGCUCUCGAGGUGCAGAGGCGCGAAUCGAGCUGAUCGCAGUCGAAUAGCCGACUGCGUCCCUAUGUGCACGAAACUCGAGCACGAGCACGGGCGAAUCCACUCGACUGGUGUAUAUUUUCUUCAGGAAGCGCGCAGGUGCCGGCAAACUGUGAUUCGACGACGAGCGUGUACUCGAUCGCGUCUGCGUCCCGGUUACGUUUGAGUGUCAUCGGGGAUUCAUUGGCGCCGGCUGACCGACACUCGGGCGCGAAUAAACGCGAAUAAUGGGCUAGGGAAGCGGAAGCACGGCCGACGCAGGAACUGGGUGAAGGGAAAUACGCGUGUGAAAGCGGAGAGCGAUUCGGCGAUCGCGCGAUUCGUAUUAUCGCGCCACCAGGAUGUGCGACUCGAAAUGCCUUAACUUGUCGAAAAGAUCUGCUUUUUAAACGCUUUCUUCCUUUCUUUCUCUCUCUCCCUCUCUCUCUCUCUCUCUCUCUCUCUCUCUCUCUCUC